AUGCUGCGGGAGCCCAAGGCUCAUCAGGCUGCGCCCUCUGUUUCUUUGACUCCAGUUACGAGGCCCGACCUCCCCGAAUCUGAGGAGCUUAUCAAGCCACAUCGAUCUGCCAAGCUCAAACUGCUCGAGGGCGGGGAAGAAGAUGUGGAGAGUGAUCCGUCGCUCCGAAAUGCCGACCGUUUUGCCGGGGUCACAGAAAAGAGCCGCCUUGGAGGGAACGGGGUUGGGCAAAUUCAGGUCGCAAGCGCGGAGCUGCCCAAGAAUCCCUUCGCCACCGUCGUGGCCCUGGAGAAGGGCUGUCGCCGUCGCCGUCGUCGGCUGCUGGCCGCAGCCCGCCAGGCUGAGCCCACCGGGCCCGGUCCCUCGAGAAGGUUGAGGCCGAGCCGAGCCGCAUCGAGCUACCGGCUCCCGCCGUUGGCCUCACGCGGCCCACGUCGCAGGCCGGCGGACUUCCGCGCAACUCUGGAGCUCGGGGCCACGUCGCCCGACCUUCGCGCGUCGCAGCUCGGCCCAACCCCAGCCGUGACCGUCUCUGCGGAAGCAUGCGGCAGAAGCGGAGGUGCCGACGCAAAGAGCCGUCACCCUGUCUUCGAAGGCCCGAGCCUUGGAGGCUCGGAGUUUGAGCUCGGCGGAAGGAUGCCCACCAGGCCGCCUGCUGUGGUCCCAACCUGGAAGUGGCCGGGAUUGGUUCAAGUGACAGCCACAGCCCCUGUUGCCCAACUUGUAUCACCUCCACUCCAGAGCAGGAAUCUUCCAGAGCCUACGGACGAUGCGCCCUCAGCGGCCGCCAGGGCGUCCCUCGUCGCUGCAUUCCUGUCGCCUCCGUUUGCCUAUAGGAACACGCUGGCAGAUCUCUCAACUCGAGUGCAAAGGACCAGCCCGGCUGUCGAAGUUGGGGCAUACUCGUGGCAGCCAGGAAUGGCGCAUGGUAUUGCCGAGACAGUGAAGCUUGCUGACGAACCUGUGAGAGAUCCGUUCAGCACUGCGAGGGAGAAGGAGGUUCUCGGCUCACCACUGGUGACCAGAGCGAGGGCUCCGUCGGCCUUGGCAAGCCCGCCCCCCUCGGGCACUCUGAGGUGUCGCGCGACCCUUGGGUCUCUGGUGGCCCGCCAAAGAAACGCGGGCUCACUGCCAUGCCUGAGCAGGUCUUCCGUCUCCAACACAUGCAACCAGGCGCAUGUCAAAGAAUCUGCAACCGACGCGGUGAGGGUGAGGAUACAGCCUCCGAAGUACUGGGUGCAGGCUGCUCCAGUCGUGGACGCGUCUGAGCAAAGUCUCAGACCAUCCUGGAGCCAGAAGCUGGCACCGGGAAGACGGAGUCUCUUGCCGAGCUCUGUCUGCUGGGAUUGUUCCGUUAUUCCCCGAGUCCACAUGCACGCAUCGCCACCUGUGCGAGUGAUUCUGGGCCAGGCUGAUGCUGGAUUGCAGGGGUAA